AUGGCCCCUUCGCGCUGGAGGAUUCUCGAAGGAAAGGUAGCAGCAAUCACUGGUGGUACAACAGGUAUCGGACGAGCUAUUGCUCUGGAAUACCUUCGUCAAGGCUGCAAUGUUGCUAUCAACCACCUCGGACUGGAACGCGACGAAAUUCACAAGAUCAGUCUGUUCGAGGAGGCGGCCGCUAUCAAAGCAGAGAAAGUCGAGGGCGAGACGCUAUCGAAGGCUGGAGACCUCUUUGAGAUUGCUGGAGAUGUAACGAAGCCAGAAACCGGAACAAUGCUGGUGGAGAAGGCAGUAGAGAAGUGGGGGAAACUUGACAUAUUUGUUGCCAACGCUGGAGUAUUCGAGCCAGCUGAGUUCCUCACAUUAGAUCCCGAGCUUUUUGAUCGAACCGUCCGAAUUAAUCUGAAUGGCGCAUUCUACACAUGUCAGGCCGCUGCAAGACAAAUGGUCAAACAAGGACACGGCGGAUCAAUAAUCGGCAUAUCCUCGAUCAGUGCACUUGUCGGCGGAGGGCUACAGACACAUUACACGCCUACGAAAGCAGGAGUAUUAUCACUAAUACAGUCGAUGGCUAUUUCGCUAGGUAAGGAAAACAUCAGGUGCAAUGCGAUACUUCCUGGCACGAUCCAGACACAACUGAGUGAGGAAGAUAUGAAAAACGACGUGAAGAGGAACUAUCUGGAAGCUAGAAUUCCUAUGGGUCGGGUCGGGGACACGAAAGAUAUUGCAGGGCCAGCCUUGUUUCUCGCCAGUGAGGAACUGAGUCCGUAUUGUAACGGGACUCAACUCCUGUCUGACGGAGGAAUGUUCGUGCAUCUCCAGUAG